AUGCCGAAAGCAUCCAAAAGGCAGAAGGAGAAGAAAGCCGACUUUCAGAAAACCAAGCUCAAGCUCGGCAAGGGAAAGCAAGCUGCCAACAAUGCUACCGACGUCUCGUUCAAGGCCAAGACCAUUGCUCUUCCGCAGCAGUCGAUCAAUGUCGACAAGUCGGGCAAACUUGUCAACUCUCGCAAUCUCACCAUCACCGACUUGGCUCUCCAGCUUCGACACUACUCGGCAGGCGUUCGUCGCGAUGCUGUCAGCGGCAUCAAGGAGAUCCUCACGUUGCAUCCCAGCUUGAUCCUGACGGACGCAGCUUCCCUCAUCCCAGAGCUCGCCCGUUGCAUCGGCGACGAAGACGCGGCUGUACGAAAGCAGCUACACGUUCUGCUCAGCUGGAUGCUGCCGCAAAUCCCUGCUCAGCUGCUAGGCCCGUAUCACGGCACACUGCUUCUCUUCACGACCUCAGCUCUCAGCCACAUCUAUCCCGAGGUACGAAUCGGCGCUGUCAAGAUCCUUGACGUGUGUCUCAGCAUCCUGCCGCAAGUAGCAACAGCAGGCUGGGAGAACGCUGUGUACAAUAUGGCAAGUGCUGUCUCUUCUGCACAGAGUUCGACCGGCAGCUCGGAUGCGGCAGGCCCCAGCAAGGCCUCGCACCAACCGCAUGGCGAGCGAAUCAUGAACUGCUACCUCAAUCUUCUUGGCAUCACGCAUCGGUCAAGCGCUGCAGCUUCCAUCACCUCUAUCGACCUUGCGCCGGGUGCGAAGCUGCUCAUCCUUCAGUCUCUCAGGACCUUCCUCUCGCACGCUCUUCCAUCUACAUCAGGCGACAUCGAAGAUACUGGCAACGAGCAGUCUUGCCCGACUUGGUUCUUCCGUUCCGCUUUUGCAUCAUCGGCUGAAUUCGAGUACUUUCAGCGGAUUCUCGGUCGUCACUCAAGGUCGUCACGGUCGCGUAGCGUCUCGAUACAGCAAAUGCGAACGCACAAAACUCAGGAGCUAUCAGCGUCUCAGCACGGCAUCCAAGCAUCGUACGCGGACUGGCCGGCAGCCGAUCGGGCGACAUUAUCACUCAUGGACUUGGAUUCGACUUCAGGCAAGUCAUUGAAUCAGACCGAUCUUUACAGCUCGCUUCAAGCAGCCGUCACCUGGCAAUCUACCCUCGGGAGGGACUCCCCGACGACAGGAUCGGGGAAAUUGGCAAAGUCAGCAGCACUGUCACUGUACGCCCUACUCGAUCCAGUCUUGCUCGCCUCUUUCCUAGAUACUGCACCUUCAGCAUUUCAGCCGGAUCUGGACCUCUCGCAGCAAACUCACGGCCAGAAUGCCGGACUCUCAACUCCCGCACAGCUCGUGUUUGAGAUUGUCAGUCUCAUGCUAGCUCUGUGGCGCGGCUCGUCGUCUCCCAGCUCAAAAGCGCGGACGUCGCUCGCAGAUACCCUCGGCCACAUCUCGGUCUACUUUCCCUUCAGCCACCACACCGGCUCGAGCGGUCUCUCGGCGAAAGCAAAAUCGGCGGUGGUACAGAUGGACCUUGCAUACGCCGAGCUUGCCGCCCUUCUGGCUCUGAACGAGGCGGCCUCUCAAAAGAUCAAGUCAAAGUUCAACGUCGAGGUGCAGAUUGCUUCGGUCUCUUCUUUCAUCGCAGAGCUACUGUCCACGCCCGUGACAGAGAGUGGCACCGUCUCUCUCGCAUCCACCGGGGCAUCUGCCGGUAGUGUCCUCGAUCCGGACACCUUUCGUGCGCUGCUACCCACAUUGUGGUUCUUACUCGGCACGGAACACGAGUCACUUCUCGAUAGCUUGCUGGCGACGUAUCACAGUCAAGCAUCCACACACAAGGUGAAGGCUGUACUCUUCGAGUUCCUCGCGCGUGCGUUCCUGCUGUCAAAGGUCCGGGCCGCAUCGCCCUUCACCGCGUCAGAGAGCGAGCGCAUCCUGGAGAGCUUGUUGACGGCAUUCCCACGCACUUUGUGGGAAGCCGCCAAUUCGAGCAGCGGGCAAGCGUUCGCCGGAGUGCAGCUGGAGUUCCUGCAUUUCCUUCUGUUGCUGCCAUCGCCACCGGCCAAACUGGCGUACGAGAAACUCGGUCCGCUGUACUGGAUCCGACACCCGACCAAGAACGUAUCGGUGCCAGGUCCGUGGAACAAGCUGCCGCCGUCGCUGCGCAAGCUCGCCCUCGACAACAUCACGUUGUUACAAGGACGAGACGCCAAGCUGGACAAGGCGCUGUCUCAGGCGUUAGAGUUUGCUCAGGCUCGUUCGUGA